GGUCUACGGAGAACAGGGCGAAGCCGAGCAGUGUGUGUGUGUGCGAGAGCGCAGCGCAGGGCAGGAAAACGGCACAGCUGCAUGUGAGAUCGCUGGUGGAGAGGCAGAGUGCAUGUGAGUGGGGUGCAGGGAGGCAGGGGCGCCAGUGAGGACAAAACUCCACAGGGUGAUGGAUCGCAUCUCCACUCCACACUGUGUCUGGACUGCAGCCUGUGGCACGCUCACUGUACUGAUACCAGUUACGGGGACAACUUUCCUCUCCUAAACGGGCGACUCUGGCUUUGUAGUCUGCCCCUCAAUACAGAUACACAGGCACACAUACACAUGUGUCGGUCACAGCGCUUCAGGGAGAUCUUUUAGCGGGUGCGUGUUUUCAGAGAGAGCAAAAAAGAGCAAAAAGAAAAAAGAAGGGUUUUUAAAUUUGCUUUCCUCCUUUUCGUGACCCUUUGCCUUCUGCGGAUACAACAGAAGAACAGAGAGAGGGAAAUCAACAGCGUGCAUGGACUUCCCUUAAAACUCUCAGCGGCUGUGUACCCUGUGUGUGUGUGUGUGUGUGUGUGUGUGUGCGUGCGUGCAUGUGAGUGUGAUGUGUGUAUGAACAGGACUCACCAUGCUUCUGAGACUCACUGUGCUGCUCUGCUUUGCCUUGUCGCCGUGGUGCCCCCCAGGCAGUGGGCAGGCUGCCCCAGGGCACCGAGGUGGCAUCGAACGGAUCAAGGUGCUCUUCACGCCGACCGUCUGCAGGCUGCGAUGCACCCAUGGACGCUGCACUAACUCCUGUGAACGCGGCAACGUCACCACACUGUACAGCAGUGAGCAGGGUUCCGACAGCACCUCAGCAUCUGGGUUCAGAGUUUUCUUGUGUCCUAUGCUAUGUAAGAAUGGAGGAGUGUGCAUUCAGAAGGAUCGAUGUCUCUGCCCACCCAAUUUUACGGGAAAAUUUUGCCACAUUCCUGCCUCCUCUGCUGCAUCCACCAAUGACAUUGAGAAGCCAUCCCCAAGCUUUGCAGUUUCAGCCAAUCAGGGACUUAGACAGUCAGAGUACAUCCUGCCUUUGCAGAUUCCACAGCAAGGCCAAGCCAACGGAUCACCUUUAGUAAAAGUGCGGGUGCAGCACCCUCCUGAGGCUAGCGUGAAGAUCCACCAGGUUGUUCAUGUGGGCUCAGACCCCACCGUUCAUGAGCGUUCAGAGAUGAUGACGUGGUCAGCAGGCCUCUCAGGAUCCCGCAGCCACAGUGCACUGCCAGGGGAGAGAGCAGAGGCUUCGCCCCCGCGUGUCCAAGCCCAGACCAUCCGAGGUGACUCCAUCUACACAGAGUCGUCAGGCUUCAAAUACUGUUUCAGGGAGGUUCGCAAUGGGCAGUGCAGUUCUCCGAUGCCUGGCCUCCGGAGUCAGGAGACGUGCUGCAGGGGUGAUGGGCUGGCCUGGGGUAUCAAUGAGUGUUCCCUCUGCCCUGCGAGCUUUGGAAGCAGAGGAAGAGGUGAAGGGAACUGUCCGAAAGGCUUUGAGAGGAUCAAUGGUACACAGUGUGUCGAUAUUAACGAGUGUCUGCAGCCGGGUUUCUGUGAGAACGGGAAGUGUGUGAACACGCGUGGGAGCUACAGCUGUGUGUGCACACAGGGCUUCCUGUUGGACGCCUCACACGGCAUCUGCGUCUCUCAGAAAGUGAUUGCCUCGGAGAAGGACCAGUGUUUCCGCAUUGUGGCCCAGGGCUUCUGCUCGCUGCCUAUCCUGAGGAACAUCACGAAGCAGAUCUGCUGCUGCAGUCGUGUGGGCAAAGCCUGGGGCACCAGGUGUGAGGCCUGCCCAUACUUUGGCUCAGCUGAGUUUAAGGAAAUCUGUCCUGCUGGCCCUGGAUACCACUACUUUCCCAACACUUUGAAAUUGAGCCAGAGGCUGUCAGAGACCCAUGGGACUGGUGGUCCCCUUCUGGUUCCUGACACCAGUCGCACCUUGAUUCCAAUCACCAAACCCCAGGAGGCAAGACCUGAAAGCUCUAGAUACCAACCACCUACUGACCCACAAUCCACAAGACCUCAACCAUCAAGCAGUAGCCAAACCACCAGGAUCCAACAGCCAAGCACUUCUCAGAUCAAACCUAGACAGCCGGUCACAUCAGACAUUUUCAUCAUUCAGGGUGGACCACAACAGCCUAGCAGUGCUGGGUCACAAACUCGAAACAGACAAGCAGGAACUGCUGCUAUGGCAACAAGUCAGCCCACCAGAGUGCUACCCCCCAUUAUCAGGACACAAACUGGCAGGCCAUCUAUUAACAGACAGCCAGUCAGACCCCUGCCAGUUCCAUCUACACCCCGCCCACUUCCACCAAGAUCAGGUAACCACGUGUGUGAAAUUAGGCCCCAGAUUUGCGGACCAGGUCGCUGUAUUGAUGUGGCUGGAGGGAGACAUGCGUGCAUGUGUAAUCCUGGAUUCAUCCUCAAUACUCAGGCAGACCACUGCCAAGACAUAAAUGAGUGUGUGUUGACACUGAGGCCAUGUUUGGCUGGCAAGUGUGAGAACACUGUGGGCAGCUUCCGCUGUGUGUGUCCCCUGGGCUACCAGAGCAACGCUCAGCAGAACCAGUGCUCAGACAUCGACGAGUGCCGUCAGCUUCCCAACCCAUGCACCAACGGACGGUGUGAGAACACACACGGAAGUUUCAGGUGUAUCUGCAGGACUGGAUACAGACUGCAAAACAACACCUGCAUAGACAUCGAUGAAUGUGAUGACCUGCUCCGCUGCCCAGGGCAGGAGUGUGUGAACACUCAGGGUGCAUACAGGUGCUCAUCCUGCAGACCUGGCUUUGGCCUUCUCAAUGGACACUGCACAGAUGUGGAUGAGUGUCGUCAAAACCCAUCGCCCUGCUCUAAUGGUCGCUGUGAGAACAUUCCUGGCAGCUACAGGUGUGUGUGUCCUGUGGGAUACAGGAUACAGGGCAAUUCUUGCACAGAUGUGAAUGAGUGUGAUGACACUCUGCAGUGCCCAGGUCAGGAAUGUGUAAACACACCGGGUUCGUACAGAUGUGUGUCCUGCAGACCUGGGUUUGCAAUUGUCAGCAGAAGAUGCACAGAUAUCGACGAAUGUCGCCAGGGUCGUCCGCUCUGCCCGAAUGGCUACUGUGAGAAUACUCUGGGCAGCUACAGGUGUGUGUGCAGGCUUGGCUACAAACUUCAAGGCAACACCUGUGCAGAUGUGAACGAGUGUGAGGAUUCUCUGCAGUGUCCAGGUCAGGAGUGCGUAAACACCCCGGGGUCAUAUAGGUGUGUGUCCUGCAGACCUGGAUUUAAAUUUCGCAAUGGACAGUGCACAGACGUGGACGAGUGUGUUCAGAGCCCCUCGGUCUGUACUAACAGCCACUGUGAGAACACUCAGGGCAGCUACCGCUGUGUCUGCUGGCCUGGCUUCAGACUGGAGGCCAACACAUGCAUGGACGUGGAUGAGUGUGAGAAUGAGCUUCGGUGUCCAGGGCAAGAGUGUGUCAACUCAGUCGGCUCUUUCAGUUGUGUGUCCUGCAACCUGGGUUUUCAGAUCACUAAUGGCCAGUGUCAAGAUGUGGACGAAUGCACUCAGACGCCCACACCCUGCUCUAAUGGUCACUGUGAGAACACCCCUGGCAGCUACAAGUGUGUGUGUGACUCAGGAUUCCGACUGCAGGCCAGCACCUGCACAGACAUUGAUGAGUGUGAAGACCUUCUCCGUUGCCCUGGCCAGCAGUGUGUGAACUCCAUCGGCUCUUAUGAAUGUGUACGUUGCAGGGAUGGAUACCGUUUGCAGAACCAGCAGUGUACAGACAUCGAUGAGUGUGAGAGCCCUCGGAUGUGCGGGCUGCACAGUGUUUGUGUGAACACUAAAGGCUCGUAUCGGUGUGAGUGCUCUGUAGGCUACCGUGCAGCUGGACCUGGUCGGCAGUGUAGAGACAUUAAUGAGUGUUUGGAGGGAGAUUUCUGCUUCCCUAAAGGAGAGUGCUUGAAUACAGAGGGCUCAUAUAAGUGUGUGUGCGCACAAGGCUUCCAGACCAGCGCCAAUGCCACUUUCUGUCUGGGUAGUGCGCUUGAUGUGGAUGAGUGUGCCAAGGAGGGAGUGUGCCAGGAUGGGCGCUGUGACAACACAGAUGGCUCCUUCCAGUGCCACUGCAAAACAGGGUUCACCACCAACCCCGAAAAAAAUGCCUGCCUAGAUGUAGAUGAGUGUGUUGACUCGAAUGGAGCUGUGUGUGGCACACAGCGCUGCGAAAACACCAUUGGUUCCUUUCGUUGCCUCAUCUCCUGUGAACCUGGAUACAGCAUUACAACAACAGGAGAGUGUGUGGAUAUUAAUGAAUGUGCAAACGAAACUGUUUGCGGAAAGCAUUCUUUCUGUCAGAAUCUGAUUGGAACAUAUCAGUGUAUCUGUGAUCAGGGCUACGAGUCUACAGGAGAUGGCCGUUCCUGUGUGGACAUUAAUGAGUGUGAGACAAUGGUGGGUGUUUGUGGGUCAGCACGCUGCUGGAAUGUAGAGGGCUCUUUCACGUGUGAGUGUGACAGUCAGCAGGAGGAAUUUGAUCCAGUUACAGUACAAUGCGUGAGCAGAGCUGGUCCAGUUCAGCCAGGCAUGUUGCCUGCAACCCCCCGUGCUGGUUCCAGUGCUGGGCGAGGCGCUGCGUCCCGUCUGGCCCCUGCUCGCCCUGGCGAAGGGCGAGAGUGCUACUAUAACGUGGAACAGCUGGACACUUGCAGAAUCCUGGCCCACAACACCAGCCUACAGGAGUGCUGCUGCACAGCAGGUCAGGCCUGGGGCCUGCACUGUCUCUAUCAGACCUGCCCGGAGCUCGGCACCAUGGAAUUCCAAACCUUGUGUCCAAGUGGACAGGGGUAUGUGACUUCUGCUGUGGGAGCCUUCAGCUACAAGGAUGUGGAUGAAUGUAAGCUCUUUGAUCCGGAGGUGUGUAAAGGCGGUGUGUGUGUAAACAACAUCCCUGGCUACUCUUGUUACUGCCCCAGUGGACACUACUAUGAUACUACCUUACUGGAGUGCAUCGAUAAUGAUGAGUGUGAGAGUGAGGAGACAUGCACUGGUGGGAUGUGUGUCAACACACUGGGCUCCUAUUACUGUACUUGUGAAGCCCCUCUAGUGCUGGAUGACACCCAGCGCCACUGCAUCAACAUUUCCAGCCUCACAGAGGAUGAAAAUCUGUCAUUCUGUUGGCAGUAUGUCACUGCUGAUCUGGUGUGUCAGAGCUUAUUGCAGGGAGUGCAGGUGUCCUUUGUCAAGUGCUGCUGUCUAUAUGGUGAAGCUUGGGGACUCCAAUGUGCUCUGUGUCCACGCAGAGAUGAGGAGGCAUAUGAAACUAUGUGCAGUACACUGGGGCCCCCUCCUAAUUCCCCCCGUUAUGCUGAACGCUUUACGUCAUUGCCUGGGAGAAGGGGGCAGUACCGUCCACCCUACAACGCCCCUGUGUACCCUGAAAUGCUGCCAGCCCGGCCUGAAUACUCACCAAUUGACUACGAUGACUACAGCCCCACAGGAGGAGCGGGCCAGAGGUCUGGACUGAGAGGGCAGUCCCCGGGCUCAUAUCCUCCCUUUGUGUCUUCUGACCUGAGCACCAGUCGCUACUAUGAGGAGGAUCACUAUGACACGGAUCCAGGUCCUCAGUUUGGAGUGCCUGACCCACGCAGUGAGCGCGCCUUCAGGGCACGACCCCGACUCCCACUCACUGAGGGCCAUCCCCUGAGCAUAGCCCCUCUCCCUGAGGAGGAGGAAGAGGAGGAGCCAUGGAGAGCUUCUGCCCCUUUCUUGCCCUUCACAGACAGACGAAGGGGAGGUGACAGACGAGUGGCGAGUGAUGCAACUCUGAGAAUCUAUGAAAGACAGUACGAGCCGGUCGGAGGGCUGAUGGAGGAUGAGUGUGGUAUACUGGGGGGCUGUGAGCAUGGCCGAUGUGUCCGUGUAGGAGAAGGUUAUACAUGUGACUGCUACGAUGGCUACCAGCUGGAUAUUAGCUCCAUGGCUUGUAUAGAUGUGAAUGAGUGUGAGGAUCAGACCUUUCCCAAGUGUGUAAACAGUCAGUGUGUGAACACAGAAGGUUCAUAUAGAUGUGUUUGUCUCAGAGGAUUCAUCAUGUCCCGGAGACCAAACCACUGCAUACCUGCUUAGGCAUCAAAACACUGAGCAGAAGAUAUGCGCACUAUGCAUACACACACACACACACACACACACACACACACACACACACACAGAACACACAAAGCCUCUCUCAUGCUUACAAAUAUUUUAUAAUCAGUGAUAACAGGAAGAGGUGAAAUCUGAUGUGUACAGCACAUAUUUUAUUCCUAGACUGUCUAGU